AGCCCAAUAAGUUGGCACUCGCAAUCUGACUGGACCUUACAGUGGCCUCAGGCAUUUCAAGGCGGUAAGAGGUGUCUCGUCCGAUAGUCAAAUAAAAGCUAUGGCUAAUCAAACAACAAUGUACGAUUAUGAGUAUCUUACAGAACAAAUCAAAGUUAACACCACAGGCAAGUCUGCCUUGGAAGAACAUUCCAAGUAUACUUUCAUGAUUGUCAUUGCCACUAUCACGUGGCUGCUGCUCAGCUGCAUAAGUGCUUUCAUUUACUGCUGCAAUUACUGGGAGCUGUUUAAACCUUCGUCGAGAAGAGCUGCUACCGAGGAGCAGUCGGACCAAUCGGAGCAGUCAGAAAUGGAGCAACAGAGCAUGCUGCUUACACAGGUCAGUGAGGUGAGCAGCACCUGAGGAUUGGGAUUAUAGCACGAAAGCGCCAGGAAGGUCACAGCAGCGGCAGAACAAAGCAGAAACGAAAUAAAUAAGCCAGACAUGGACUGAACAAAGUAAAAGGAGUGAGCUAUACAAGGCAAGAGGAAGAGCAGCAGCUGCCGGCGAUCAGCUGCAGAAGAGCAAUAUGGCGGCGUGCAGCUUCCAUUUCCGUUUCCGUAAACUUAAUUCCACACACAAACACACACACACAAGCGGAGAGUAAAAAAUCAGCAUAUGCUGCUGUUUUCCUUUC